AUGAGUGAUGUUGAGACUGUCUCCUCCUUGCCAGCUACCCUGGAUGCCGGACAAAACGCUCUUGCGGUCAAGGUGAAUCACCAGUCUCCUCCCCCGGGCCCUCCAUCUCCCAAGAGGACAUCUCCACCCCGGGUUGUCAUUGGGAAUGGGAAGGUCGGCCCUGUAGGGGAGGUUGAUCCUGUUGCCGGGGAGGGCGAUGGGCCACCGAGCCCAAAGGCUGAUUCGGAGGCAGAAACCAUAAUACAAUCCGGUCGAGAGUCUUUGUCGCCCGAGAAAAGACGAAAGUACAUAAGACAUGAACCGAAACGACGUGAUGAUGGGAAUGACCGAGUGGACGCUGUGGAAAAUGACCUCCCCCCUAAUGGUUCGCAGGCGAGAAAGUUCGUGAAUGGUGAUUCCCCCAGUGAACGCGACCGUGAAUCGCGCCGUAUGAGCCCCUCGAGAAGAACCAAGUCCCCUUUGUCGACAGUAAAGCUAGAGAAGCCCGAGGAUCCGCAUUCCGUUCCGAGGAGAUCUGAGCCGCCCCCUCCUGCUUUCACGGCACCCAAAAUCUCGAGGAAGCGGAGCUUCAGCGAGACAGUCGACAUCGAAGCUGGCCCGGGUCGUCAUAGUCAAUCGGGCUCAGUCCGUGACAGGGAACGAAAAGAUUUGAACGGCGUGGCCUUUGCUCCUCCUGCAUCCACCGAUCGUUCGAUAUCUCCCGUCCGAUCGUCUCACAAGCGAACGGCUUCUGGCCAGCAGUUGGGCGGAGGUGAUUUACAGAGAAAGAAGAAGGCCCCCACGCCACUCAUCACCGGCUUUCAGAGACAAAGUUCAGAAGAUAGACAAUCGGUCUCGUCUUCCACCAGUGGCUCUCCAUUGCCCAGCGCCCAGAUUCGAAAACUCGGUUCCGUCGAUGGGGCUUCCGCGUCCCCUGCGAGGCCAACGGGGUACAAAAAACAGCGUGACCAGAAUGGUCGGACACGCCUGGCGCGCGCCUGCGCGGCCCAAGAAUUGGAUGUGGCCAUUGCUAGACACGCAGAACGCCCAGAGGACCUGAAUGUUGCCGACAACGCCGGAAAUACUCCCCUGCAGAUUGCGGCCCUCGAGGGCAGUGCCCCAAUAGUGAAAUUCCUCUUGAAUGCUGGCUGCGAGAUUGACACUAAGAAUAUCGACAAGGACACACCGCUAAUCGAUGCCGUUGAAAAUGGGCACUUUGAUGUCGUCAAGCUUUUACUAGAGGCAGGGGCGAACCCUCGAACCGUCAAUGCCGAGGGUGACGAGCCCUACGAUCUCGUUCCGGCCGACUCGGAGGAAUAUGAGGACAUUCGACGAGUGCUAGAGGAAGCAAAGGCAUCCGUCAGGCCUGGAAGACGCUCGGAGGAACGCACGGGAUCCGAAGCCAAAGAAGGCUCUUCUCGACGCAUCUCUGCCGAAAGUGCGCGCGAUUCACCUCCUGCACACAGGCCGCGCAGCCCUCCACUCAGCACCACAACCAAGCGCAAGACAGUCAGAAGCGAAGCCACUCGAAACGAUUUACUGUGGACAACCGCUACCCCGGAGAACUUGCAAGCCUUCGCCGCCAAGGGUGAUUUUGUCGGGGUUGCCAACAUUCUGAACGUGGGGCAAAAGGCUGACAUUGAAUCAAUGAUCGCUGCCGCCAAAGGUGGCCAUGACGAAGUGGUCUCCCUUCUGCUUGGCAUCGGUGAUGCGGAUCCGGACCCUCCUCCAGUUCAAGACGGCUCUCAUAAACCCGGGUACAAUACGCCAAUGCUCGCUGCAAUCGGUCGUGGCAAUCUCGAGGUUAUCCGAAUUUUGCUCAAUCAACGACAAUUCAACCCGACGAGACGGCUCUAUAGGGACCGAACCUAUUUCGAGCUCUCCCGAGAUCGCAGGGCAGACAACUGGGAGGAGGAAUUUGAUCUCCUCCGAGAUGCGUACGACAACUACAGCAGAGUAAAGAAACAUCGCAAGCCCGACGGCCCAUCACCGCGACGACCGCGCGAUCGUGAUAUUGAGAAUCGACGCCCAGGGCGCCGUGAUUCCUUAUCCCCUGUCGCUCGACCUCGGAAGCCUGUCGCGAGCCCAAACCAUCGGGAUUCCACGACCAAAGAUAUACUGGUGUCUAAGGAGAAACGCCGGGACAACAUGGCCCAUGCUAAGGAGAAGCCUACCCACCCCAAACUUUCUCAUCGAUCCAGCGAUGGGCUGUCUAAUGGAGCCGACCCCGAUGGGCCUCGCACCGAUCCAACCAGAUCCAAGCCAUCUCUAGCCACCAAAGAUGGAGAACACGCUAUCGUAAACCGUGGAGACGAGGCCCCCAAACGAAGACGAUUAAUUGCUGGACGACCACCACAAGAUCGCGACCGCCGAAGGCCCAGUCUGCCAUCAUCUGACUCUGUUUCGGGGCGUGAGGAGAGUUCCAAACGUGUUACGCAUCCCGAAAGCAGCAGUGGCAGCAAGUCCGGAUUGAAGCGUGGACAUGGCAGUGCAAGCCCAGAAAGGCCGCGUUCCCGCGAUACAGAGCAUGAGAAGCAUCCCCGAGAGAUCCACAAGAAGAAACGACGGGUUUUGUCUGAAGAUGGGACGCCCAAUAUUGCGAAUGGAGGCCUGAAGAAGAGCCAGCCGGCAGCGACAGGAGACCUCAAGUCAUCUCGCCAGAAGGACGAUGACGAUCAUCACUCCGACCCUGGGUUGAACGCCGCACGGGAAUCUGACGCACAAGCCACGAAGCCAGUCGAACGGAAGCCCGUUAAAGAAGAGCACGAAAAGCACGAGACCCACGACUUGGAUGAUAUCCCAAUGGAGGAUCCUGUGAGUUUAUCCGAGAAAGCCGAAGCACAGGCGGAAGCGGAAGCCCGACGACAAAAGGAGGCCAGCAUCGCGAAGCAAGAACGACUGGCGGAGGAGGCGCGCCUUGCGGAAGCCGAAAAGGCUCGUCUGGAGAAGGAAGAGAAAGAGCGGGCAGCCCGUUUGGCUCAAGAGAAGGCAGAGAAGGCCGCGGAGGAGGAGCGCAAGCGAAAAGAGGCCGAAGAACGCCGAGCCAAGCUGGCCGAAGAGGAACGCCAGAAACGCCUCGAGCAGGAACGGGCUCGGCUUGCCAAACUGCGCAGGGAGCAGGAAGAGCAAGAGCAACGGCGGCGAGACGCUCUACCUAGCAGACUUCGUGCUGCGGCCAAUCUGGUUGGGUCCAACGAUCCUCAGGCGAGAAGCCACAUGUGGUUGAGGAAAUUCAUGCCCGUGGUGACCGCGGAGACGAAGCAACUCGAUCCUUCCUGUUCACCCGAUGUCGCGGACGAGAAAUGGGUUCCAAACUAUCUGGUCGCACCGAUAUUAGCGACUAAUGACCUCCAACUUUCACAGUAUGCCGGCUGGGAGAAGCGCAACGCGACGCCGACUCAGCGAGGAAAUUUAUGGCGUGUCACUCGGCGAAUGCUCGUGCAAGCCGACGAGAUGGAGUUCUUGAGCUCGUCAUUUGGACAGAUCAUGCGGAGAGACAGCGAAGCACGCCCCAAAUACUUCGACAUGGAGCAUGUAUUCUGGGUUCGGCUCUCCGACUUCAUGGAUCUUGUUCCACACAUUCCCCAUCUGCAUGGGCUCGACAUUCAAUUCCUGAAGAUGCAUAUUGAUCGCGAACCAUCGGCGACACCCCCAUUUGAUCUACCGCAGCCCAACGGACAUGUCUCGGUACCCCCGCCCGUGGAAGAAGGGUUUCCCAACGGAAUUCAAGGCCUUACAAACGGCUAUGGUCAUGCCCGACCAAGUACAUACGUCUAA